UUCAUCAUUCAAAAUAUUAUGCUUUUAUAUAUAAGUCGAUGUCAUUCGUACAUUUAAAAAUGCGUAUCGUGUGUGCCUAAAUAUCUUAACGAGUUUGUAAUCAAAUAGCUCACAUGAUAGCUUACAAUAAUUUUUAAAAACAUGAAACGAUUAUGCAGAUCAAAGUUCUUUUUAGAUGUAAAAAAAGCUGUUGAUGUUAAAUAAAAGAAUCACUUCAAUGUUUUUGAGUGUGUAUUAGGCAUAUUAUGUAGAAUUAUAAUGGCACAAGUCUUUAAGUUUUUCUGUUUUGCGAUUUCUGUAUUACUCUUUUUGCAGUUGGCAGAUGCAGACGGCACAGAAAAAACUCCUAAAGAUGAUACCGAACCAAAAAGCGAAGACGGAGAAGAACACACAGCACCUUUUUUAAAAACAAUUGGUAAAGUUACCGACAGUAGACCUGUAAGAAUGGUAAAACAGGCAACAGGUAUUGCGGCAGAUCAAUUGAAAUCAGUUACAAAGAAAUUUGAAUCUAACUUGAAUGAGGAGUCAAAAAAACAAGUGAACGAUGAAAAUUCGAUAAUUCCAAAUUUUAUUAGAAAUAAUUUAAUUCAACCUGGUAAAGCCGCAGCCCAAACAGGAAUCGAUAUUCUUGCUGAACCUGUUGAAAAAAUUGUAUCUAAUAUCAAAGACACAUAUAAGGAUGAAUUAGCUAAAGCAGAAAAGGAAGAAAGUUAUGUUCCUGUAAUUGGAUCUUAUACCAAAAUAGCAAAUAAACCAGUUGCUAUAUUAAGGGCCUCGAAAAAUAUUGUUGGAAGUACAUUAGGUAGCAUGUUUGGAAGAGCAAAAUCGUUUUGGGGUUCAAGUAAAAAAGACUCAGACACUAGCUAAAAAAUCUGAAAAAGAAGACAAAUGAAGAUACAAAAAAUAACUGAAUUCGUGUUUUUUUUUAAAGACAAUAGAAUGAUAAUCAUGGUUUGAACAUGUUAAUGAAUAGUAUACAGAUCGAUAACUAUAAAAAUAUUUAGAAAUACUUGAGUACUUAACACUGUUGGAUUCAAAAUACAAAAAAAAAACAGACAAAAUAUUUAUUACAAUUAUGUAUUUAUUACAAUAAUUAUUAUUUUGUAUAAAUUAUUACUAAGAAUUUGUAAUUCCAAUUAUUUUACAUAAUACAAUUUAAAAUACCCACAGUCCGAUUUCUUUUUAUUUGACAACGAACAAGAUUUAUAUUUAGCAGGUAAUCCAAUUAAUGUUUAUUGUAUUGUUACCAUUAUAAUCAUAAAAUGUACUACUAUGCCAAUAUAAUUAUAUACCAGAAAAUAAAAA